AGAGGCAGAGCAGUGUGAGUACAGAGACCUGCUGCCUGGAAGCCUGAGCGCAGGGCACAUUUUACCCUCACACAGGGCAGAGCAGUGUGAGCACAGAGCAGCAGAGGCUCGGGGUCUACACCACACAGGUCAGGGUCUACACAGCUCAGGCUGAUGUUUGUGGGGGAGAGGACUCAGGUGGGACUCGGUAAAGGUAGAGGAGGAGUGAUGUUUGAGAACUUCAGAGAGAGACUUCACAUGGUCCAGCAGGACUUCACCACCGGCUUCAAGACGCUUGGAGACAAAUCCAGAGACCCCAAACUCCGGAGGAGACCCAGGUUUGAAGAAAGUCUUCCUUACUUCAGCGCUGGAGUGGAAAUCCUCAGCAGGUAUGAGGACAGCUGGUUUCUGCUCCACAAGAGAACCAAAGACUGCGCCCAGGAUGCAGAGGCUGCAGACGGAGACAUAGUGAUGCUCUCAGCUCACUGGGAGAGAAGAAGAACUGCCCUGACUCAGCUUCAGGAGCAGUUGCAGAGUCUGCCGGCCUUCAUCAGUGAACUGGACACCAUCACUGCCAACAUUGCUCUGCUGGAGGGAGACUUCGAGGAGAUGGAGAGCAGACUGGUUUACCUGGAGACUCUGUGUGCUCAGUGUGACCAGCACACGUCCAAACAGCAUCACAUCAACCAGCUGGACGGGUUCAAGAAGAAGAAAAGGAAGGAGCUGGAUGCUCUGGAAGCGGAGCUGAGUACUGAGCAUGCUCAGAAGGUGGCUGAGAAGGAGCAGGUGAUGCAACAGAAACUGAGAGAGCGACAGAAAGUCUACGAAGACGCCUUCAACCAAGACGUGAAGCAGUACCUGUCCACCGGGUACCUCCAGACCAGACAAUCAGCAAGUGCUGAUGUUAGUGUUCUGGAUCAAAUGACCGUGGCUAACACGUCAGACCAGGAGGCACUGGAUGACUUCCUGAACUCCACCAGUGAAGACUUCAGCCCGGGAUCCUCUCUGACCUCAGGUCCAGAUUUGGAGUCCUGCUCCUCUGAGUCCUCCAGAAGUCUAACGCACGAAACCCCUCCCAAAAACACCCAGUCGUCCAACCAGGACGCAGCGUGGGAGCAGGAGGAGGACGCGGGCAGUGAGGAGAGCGAUGAUCCCAUGGUUCAGUCAGACGAGGAGGACUUCCAGCCCGAUGUGUCUCUGUCUGGUCUGCAGGACGUGGGUGCGCUGAAGGGCUCUGAUGACAGUGACCCUGCAGACGAUCUGCCUUCAGGGUAACCAGAGCCUGGACUCACAAACCCCUGAUGCCCUUUUAAAGCCCUCUGACAGCCCGUGAUAGGACUCUUUGCUCUCACUCAGCCUUUUCGUUACUUCAGGUGUUUCCAGUCUCUUUAACCCCUCGCUGACGGAGGCAGCAGCUCUGUGGGUAGAAUCUGUUUCUGAGUUCAGAUCUUGAUAAUAAAAUGAAUCAUCUUACUCUAACAUGAAGGUCUUUGAUUGGACAGCCUGACUCAGUCAGACCGAUCCUGAAACUGCCCUUGUUAGUAACUUAAACCUGAACACACGGAGAGUAGGACGGAUUCUAACAGGCUGGAAAAAUCCUUUAAAGUGAACCAAGACUCAGAGGGCUCCAACUCCUGAGCCUCACUGGCAGCAUUAUUGAUCUCUGCUCUCUGUAACUGCAGGAUUUAGACUCUUAUCUCAUCCUAUCUAUGAAGGAGUUUUAACAAGUCGUCUUUACGACACGUUUACCACCAAGGGUCAGGUUUCAGUCGUAGCAGCUCUGGUUUUACUGACUCGUCAUCUCGUCCCUCCCUCCUGAACCAGAGCAGGUUUUAAAUCUGCAGAAAAACCAAACACCUGCAGGUCUGUUUGGAGUUCUGCAGCCACUUUAGGUUUUCCUCUCAGCAGGAGGAUGAGUGGAUUUAUUUUUUAUUGGUAGCAAUCUGCAGUUUCACCACCAGAUGGCACUAAACCCGACACCUUGAACUUUAAAGUCCGUUUUGUGAUCACGUUGAGAUUUGAUAAGAGUCAUGGUAAGAUGAUGUGUGAUCAGUCCGUCAGCAUCAUGCUCUCUGGGUUUGACAGAUUGGUAAUGAUGAGGCGGCUGAGUCUCUCCUCUUGUACAACUCCCAUAAAAAGAGAAUGAUAAACCUUCACCUGAACAAUAAAGAAUCGGUCUGUUCA